AAAUUAGGGAAAAGGGGUCAGGUCUCCGUUUUCUUCAAUUUGAGAAAAAGAAACAACCGAUCAAAGAAAGGGCUCCGAUGGCGUUCGAUCGGGAAAAGAAGCAGGGGGAGGAUCUCUAGAGUUUCGCUGGACCGAAGGAAGAAGAAGAAAAGAAGCAGGAAGCUGUUGUCGAUUCUUAGUGGGUGAAGGUUUGAGAAGUUGAGGACCUCCGGUGUUCGAAUGGUCCGCAGAAAAGGGAAGAAGCAGCGAGCCUACUUCUUUUCUGCUCUUGCAGUAAGAUGCGAAUAAGGAUGGGGGAAGGUGGGCGUCGAGAGAGAGAGAGAGAGAGAGAGAGAGAGAGAGAGAGAGGGAGAUGAAAAGGUCUUCGUCCUCAGUUGGUCCAAGAAGAAGAAUUAUGAUUGAAGUAGGAUGUGGGUCGGUCUUCUGUUCAUAUACAUGAGUUGAUUGGUAUUUGAGCUUGUAAUCUGUGUAAUUGUACAAGUAUCGAUGAGAAUUGAGGAAAUUAGGGUUCCUUUAUAUUUUCUUAGCUAGCAGAGUUUCGUUGUACUUGUAGUAAUCGUGCAAGAGGUCUUUUGAUGUCUUUCGUUGUUGGUUAUCUUAGUCAUAUCUGAUACAUAAUUACACUUUGGUGACCUAAGUUUUAGAUGCCUAAUCCAUGUGUUCGAUAUGCUCGGUGAACAUACAAUUAGUUGAUCAUUCUCCUGACGCGUUCUAUAAAAAUAACGCUUAGAUUUCAUUAUAUGGAAUUGAUGAAUAUGUUGUGCAGGUAGAAAUUACUAGUCUUGAUUGACUUGAUGGGUGCUCCUAAGCAGAAAUGGACAUCUGAAGAAGAAGCAGCUCUGAAAGCUGGAGUUCUUAAGCAUGGAGCAGGAAAAUGGUGCACAAUUCUUAAAGAUCCAUAGUUUAGCAGUGUGUUAUACAUGCGCUCUAAUGUGGAUCUUACGGAAAAAUGGAGGAACAUGAGUGUAAUGGCAAAUGGAUGGGGAUCUAGGGAGAAGGCUAGGUUAGCCUUGAAAAGAGUGCAACAUGUCCCUAAGGAUGACAACCCUCUCUCACUCACAACUGUUGAUCCCAGUGAUAAAGACUCGGGUGAUGUGAGGCCUCUUCAGUCUUCUAGUGGUUCUCCACAAGUUGGUGCUUCAAAAAGAUCUAUGAUAAGGCUGGACAAUCUUAUAAUGGUGGCAAUAAACAACUUAAAGGAGCAUGGUGGCUCUAAUAAGACUACCAUUGGCACAUACAUAGAGUUGCCUCUAUUUGAAGUGAAGGGCAUUUACGUAAAUGGACCUGAAGAAAAGAAGCGGGAAAACUGUAUUUUGAGGUCUGGGAGACUGACACGUGGCACUAUUCUACUUAUUUAUUAUGAUACGAGAUAUGUUUUGUCUAUAUUCAUUUAUUAUGGUCUAUUUGUGUGUUCAGACUAUCUCUGCAUUAUUUUUUUGUUCAGUCAGAUAACACAAGUAUAGUCCAAAAAAAAUAACACAUACAUUGUCGAAAACAAAAAACAUAGAAAUAGUCGGAAGGAAAAAAUAACAUAGAGAUACUGCGAGUGAAAAAAAAGGAUAAUCCGACCGAAAAAACAACUCAAUGAUAGUUGGAACAAAAAGAUAACACA